CACGACCGGUUGGCCAGCGUGUGACUGCUCGCUGCCAUGAAGGCAGACUGCUUUCCUUCGGCUGUCACUACAUGGGACUGGAGGUUUUAAGAGCGACAAAUAACUUUUCUUUUUUUGGGGGGGGAGAUUUGACCCUAAAACCGACUCCUAAAGCAGUCUCAGUGGGAUUCAACCAUGGUUUCCAUAGAGCACGUGGCUCACAAAAUAUUAACGUAUGUUCCGUAUGUUCUUGUUUUGUUUGACAUGCGAUACGAAGGAGUCCACUGUGGUAGGGAGGCUGGUGUGGACAACCACAUGGAAAUGGGCAAGAAGCUGCUUGCAGCUGGACAGCUAGCUGAUGCUCUCUCUCAUUUCCAUGCUGCUGUGGAUGGCGAUCCCAAGAACUACCUGGCCUACUACAGGAGAGCCACGGUCUAUUUAGCCAUGGGGAAGUCCAAAUCAGCUCUACCAGACUUGAGCAGAGUCAUAGAACUCAAACCGGAUUUCACAUCUGCACGGCUUCAGAGAGGAAACCUCCUACUGAAGCAAGGAAAGCUGGAUGAAGCAGCCAUUGACUUCCAGAAUGUGUUGAAGGCCCACCCCAGUGACAAGGAGUCGUCGGAGGCCCAGAGUCAGCUGACAAAAUCAGAUGAACUGCAGCGGCUGGUAGCUCAGGCCAAGAGCAGCUACAACAGCAAGGACUACAUAGGAGCUGCGUCACUGCUCGACACCAUCAUUGAGACUUGCGUUUGGGACGUAACCUCUCGCGAGAUGCGGGCCGACUGUUUUAUUCAGGUGGGCGAGACUGGGAAGGCCAUCAGCGACCUCAAAGCAGCCUCAAAGUUGAAGAACGACAACACGCAGGCCUUUUACCAACUCAGCACCAUUUACUACCACCUGGGAGACCAUGAAAUGUCCCUCAUGGAGGUGCGCGAGUGUCUAAAGCUGGACCCCGAUCACAAGCAGUGCUACAGCCACUACAAGCAGGUCAAGAAGCUCAACAAACAGAUCCGGUCUGCAGAGGAACUCAUUCAUGAGCAGAGGUACGACGACGCGGUAAGUAAAUACGAGGCGGUGAUGACGACCGAGCCUUACGUGCCACAUUUCACCAUCCUGGCCAAGGAACGCAUCUGCCAUGCAAUGACACAUGGUCAGCAGACUGCCAAAGCAAUCUCCGUGUGUAGCGAAGUACUCCAGUCUGAGCCGCACAAUGUCAACGUGCUGAAGGACAGAGCGAAGGCUUACAUUCAGGAAGGACUGUAUGAGGAUGCCAUUAAGGAUUAUGAAAGUGCGUCGCAACACAGCGAGAAUGACCGUCAGAUCAAAGAAGGUCUGGAAGAAGCUCAGCGGCUUCUCAAACAGUCGAAGAAGAGAGAUUAUUAUAAGAUCUUAGGAGUGAAAAGGACCGCCCAGAAAAAGGAGAUCAUCAAAGCUUACAGGAAACUGGCCCAACAAUGGCACCCUGACAACUUCCAUGAUCCAGAGGAGAAGAAAAAAGCUGAGCAGAAGUUUAUAGACAUCGCUCAAGCCAAGGAAGUCCUCACUGACCCAGAGAUGAGGAACAAGUACGACCACGGCGAAGACCCGAUGGACCCGGAGAGCCAACAGGGUCAUCGCGGCGGCCAUCACUUCCACGGAGGCUAUCAAAAUUUUCAGGGCUUUAACCCGUUCGGAUCAGGACCUUUCAACUUUAAAUUCAACUUCAACUGAGGACUUCAAGAUGAUGUCAUUUCCUCCACUUAGAGGGCAGACCGCUGUGACCUUAAUUAAAGCUAUUUUCUUUACAUGUGGAACUGGAAUCAUCCAUUAGGGGGGAGGGGAUGGACGAUUGGUUGCUAUGCAAACAAAAAGCACCCGGAGCAAAGAGUUCCUUCCAAAGUAUGUAUUGUUUUCUCAAUGAUACACGUCUGUUCAGGAAAAUCUUUUUGUACGCUAUUUUUAUAUGAAGGGGAAUGUGUUGAGCUGUAAAUAAAGAUAUUUAUGUGGUA